UUCUUCGAACAUUGUAAAAUUAGAAAUAAAGGAGAAUAAUGGAGCAGUAGCAGCAAACAGAGGAGCAAUUAAGAGAGCCAAGAAGGGGAUAGACGGAGAGGAGGAGGAGGAGAAAUGGGGGUGAACAAAUGUGAGCUUUGCAAUUGCCCGGCGAGGAUCCACUGCGAGUCGGAUCAGGCGAAUCUGUGCUGGGAGUGCGACGCCAAGGUACAUGGCGCCAACUUCCUCGUUGCGCGCCACUCCAGGUGUCUGCUGUGCCGGAGCUGCCAGUCGCCUACGCCGUGGAGGGCAGAGGGUUCUCGUCUCGGCGCCACCGUCUCCGUUUGCCAGAUGUGCGCCGCUACAUCGCCGGGCUCAGUUGAGGGAAGCGGCGAACGGGGAUGUAGCACCGGAUGCGUCGAGGAGGCGAAAGAGGAAGAGGAGGGAGGAUCAGGAGAUAGCGAUGAGGAGGAAGAGGAGGAGGAGAUGGAGGAAGAGGACGAAGAGAGCGAGAGUGGAAAAGAGGAGGAUGACAUCGACGAAGGGGACAAUCAGGUGGUGCCGUGGUCCCCGACUCCACCGCCUGUUGCGAGCUCAUCGAGCAGCGGUUACGAGGAAGAGGAAUCCGAUAGGACGGCAGGCAAUUCCGGUGGCUUCUUGAAGCGGAUGCGGGAAAAUGCCGAUCUCGUUGUCUCCCAGUCACAGGAUGACGUGGGUUGCUCGUCGUCCCGCCGUGCGUCGGAUCCGGUCGCGUCUGCUACGGCAGUGGCGGGCGAGAUCCAAUGCUUAACUCCUCCAGUCGGUUCGUUCAGGGAUCGGAAGAGGGUCGCCCAUUCCAUCCCCUCGCCUGCACCACCCUCUGCCAACGCGACCUUGUUCGGCAUUCGCGUCGGCAACGGCAAUCAUCGCCAAGGUGUCAGUGUCAUGACACUGUCUGCCGCUCACCGAUAUUGAUGAUCAGUAAUAUUGAGAGUUGAAAUACUCACAGGACACACUGUUAACCCGAAUAGAUAGUGUAUUGUGUUGACGAUGAGCAGACGGUGCGCUGUGAUACUGAUGUGUCUAAUUAUUCAGCAUCUUUUAUAGUUGUGAUUUAAGCUUUCUCUGUGCAGUUGUAUUGGCGGAUCGGAGGUCAUAAGUACUCCAAUGUUCUGUUAGUUUUACAAGACACUGCAAGUAGAACAAAUUUGAUCAA